AUGGCUGAUUUGAAGAUCGCGAAAAUCGACGUUUUCCAACUUGAUCUACCUUACUCUGGCGGAGUGUACUAUCUUUCUGGUGGGAGAGAAAUUACCCGCUUCGACGCUACCUUUGUCCGAGUCACGACAAAUAAUGGCAUCGAGGGUUGGGGUGAAAGCACCCCAUUCGAUCAGUACAUACCCUCCCACGGCCUUGGUAUCCGCGCCGCCAUUGCAGAGAUCGCCCCGAAGCUUAUCGGGCUCGAUCCGCGCAAAGUCGAUCGUCUCAAUGACGCCAUGGAUGCUGUCUUGCUCGGAAACGAGUCGGCAAAGUCCGCGAUAGACGUCGCUUGUUGGGAUGUCUUCGGCAAGUCAGUGGGUAUGCCCGUCUGUGACCUACUUGGCGGGCGGACCGACAACCCACUGCCUGUCAUUUCUUCUAUUCCCGUUGCCGAUGAGCAGGGGACUCGCAAGAAAGUCGAGAAGUACAGAGCUGCUGGAUUCACGGGCUUCUCAGUCAAGAUCGGAUCGGACCCGGUCGCCAGUGCAAUUCAGGUGAAGGCAGCCUUGGAAGGGCAGCGGCCCGGUGAACACUUCUUGAUUGAUGCCAAUGGUGGCAUGACAGUUGAAUCCGCUCUUCGCAUGUUGAAGAUGUUACCCAAUGAUCUGGACUUUGUGUUCGAGGCUCCCUGCGCGACAUAUCGGGAGAGUAUCUCGCUGCGUCGACGGACAAAUGUGCCCAUUAUCUUUGAUGAGCUGGCAUCGAACGAAACGACCAUUGCGCAGUUCAUCGCUGAUGAUGCUGUAGACGGCGUUGGUCUCAAGGUCUCGCCGACAGGUGGUUUGACGAAGGGUCGUCGGGUGCGAGACAUGUGCAUGGCGGCGGGCUAUACAAUGUCUGUUCAGGACACGACUGGAUCUGAUAUUGCUUUUGCUGCUAUCGUGCACCUUGGUCAGACCAUUCCUGCCCGCAACCUGCGCUGCGUCUUGGAAUCCCGUGAGAUGUGCGUUGGUCAAACUGCCGAUGGGGAAUUCAAUGUAGUUAAUGGAGUGCUCACUGCCCCGACCGCGCCCGGGUUAGGCGUGACUCCUCGGAUGGACGUUCUUGGGGAGCCCGUCGCUACAUAUGCUUGA